AGCCUGCCAGGGAUCUAGAGCUCAGUCACCAGGGAUGGGUGGGGCUAGAAGCUGGAGGGCCCAGGAGGCCUGUCUGCCCAGCUGUGUUUGAGCAACUGACCUAGCAACAAGGUACGCCUGAGAAACAGCCUGGCUUCCGGAAGCCUCCUCUGCUGUCUGAAUCUUCGGGCAACCAUGGUGCUGCUCAGGCUCCUGGUGCUCCUUUUUGCUCUGGUUGUCACUGACCUCCACAGCCUGCCCUGGUUUAUAAAUGUCUCUGAGAGCCAGGGUCCUGGCACCAUCCUUCAGUCUUUCUCCUUCAACUGCUCCUCCCACACGCCCACCCUGGAGUUGCUUGAUGUGCAGCCAGCUACAACCUUCUUCAACCGACCCAGCUUGGCCAGGUGGCAAGGGAUCUAUGUGGGCAAGGUGACCUUGAGCAGCUCCGCUCGGCUGGAUGCCUUGACGGUGAACCACUAUAAGCUGCAGCUUCGGUUCACAUGUGGCAACUAUGUGAUGGAGGGACCACUCUUUGUGGAUGUGCAGCGGGACCCUGGCCAUAUCCAGUGUGCUGGUCAAUUUGCUAGCCAAGCUGGGGAAAUGAUUCAGGUGCCGGAGACAGUCACACCUGGGGCCCGGCUGUACACUCUGCUGCUCCCAGGCCUAGAAUCCCAGGGAGCCCAGAUGAGCAUUAUCAGUGUCCAGGACCCUCCAUACUUCCCUGGACCUUUCUCCAUCAAUGAGCAAGGUUGGCUGCAGGCACCAUCCCAGGGCCUCAAAGGCCAAGCUGGAAAGGUCUUCCAGCUGCAGAUCUCAGUGUCCUCUGGACAAGGCCAAAGCUGUCAGGGGAUGGUGAUGGUGAAGGUUUUGUCUGCUCCCUCUAGCCAGGUCUCCUUCCUGGAGCAGGCCCAGAAUAUCACCAUCCCCGAGAACCUGGUCCCUGGGAGUGAGGUGGUUCAGGUCCACGCCCGGGGCUCUGACUUGCGCUAUGAAAUCCUCUCCCCGAUGCCCAGCCCAUUCUUCGCCAUUGGACAGGGUGAGGGGUGUAGGGGAAGGGGAGGUACCAGAAGCCUAGAUGCCUCUGUGGCUGGUCCAGAGGUGCCCUGUACCACCUCCUUGCCUUUCUGUUUUGAGACCUGGUUGUGGAGGAGAACGGGGAUUCUUCUGCCAGAGGAUCUGGAGGGUGGGUGGCUGGGUGGGAGCGGGAAUGAGCUUGGAGUGGGGCAAAACUCUGCAUCCCCUACCCUCCCACCCUGUCCAGCAGAUGGCGUGGUCCGGAGCAUCGCGCCACUGGAGUUGGCUCGCGCAGCAGGCACGGCGGUCACCAGGCUGCAGGUGAAGGCCUUUGAGCGGCUCCGGCCAUGGGCCAUUGCCAAGCUCGACCUUACGGUAAACGUGCAGUUGGUCAACCAGUGGCCCCCGCGCUGCCUCCCAGCGCUCCUGAUGUCUCAAAUCCCUGAGACUGUCCCUAUGGGUACUGUGCUACACACCCUCACUUGCACUGAUCCGGACUCUGCUGGCGCCACCUUCGACUACCAGCUGUUGUUCGGCAGCCCUCCUAACCCCAACAGCCUCUGCCUUCAUGACAGAGUCCUUGAGGUGAAUGCCACACUGGACUGUGACACUCCUGGAGCCUGCUUCCAGUAUGCGGCCUCCAUCUUGGUGCUUGAUGGUGGUCAGCCCCAGAUGACCACUGAGGUGCCAGUACUGGUGAUGGUGACACCCGUCAAUGAGUUCUCCCCAGUGUGUGCCCCACGCACGUUCCGGGUUCGGGAGGACGCAGAGCCCCACACCAUAGGCUCUGUGGUGGGCACGGAUAUGGAUUACCCGCAUGACAGCGUUGAGUACUACACCUCUGGUUGGCCUGCCAUCUUUGCUGUGGACCGUCUCAGUGGGGAGGUUCAUCUCCUGGGGCCUUUGGACUAUGAGCAGCAGAGGCUGUACAGGCUCACUGUCCUGCUGAUUGACCAUGGCCAAGACUGGGACCCCACCUGUCACCGCUCAGGUUCCUGUACCAUUACAAUUGAGGUUGAGGAUGUGAAUGACUAUGCCCCCGAAUGUGAGCCCUCAUUUCAGGAACUCACCAUCUACACUUCUCUGGGCCGUAGCAUGGAAGUGACCAAGGUGUCAUGCCGGAUCCCCCAGGAGCCACAGCGCCUGGCCUUCUCCUAUAACAUCGUGGGAGGGAAUAGCCAGAGCCGAUUCAGCCUGCAAGGGGCCAUCCUGGUGCACAAUGACCCGGCGCUGGGGCCCCCCUGGCCAGAGCAGCCCCGUACCUACGAACUAUUGAUUUGUGUCGCCGAUGCAGGCCCCUCCAUCUCCCACCUCAGCACCACAGCCACCAUCAUUGUGCAUCUAGUUCCCUGGAAGGCCAGCACAGUGGCCACCAGCACCCACAGAGCCACAGUGCCCUCGAUGAUACCCCUGCUUGUGACAGAUGUGGAAGCUUUCUGGCAGCCAGAGCCCUGGUUUGUGGUGGUGCUGACAGCUACUGGUACCCUUCUCCUCUUGGCUGUGGGCUGGCUCCUCUGCAAACUCCUCCAGGGGUUGGCCCAGCUGCUGCAGGAACCAAGCAAACCAGCCCAGGCUCUGCUGCUAAACAGCAUUCAGGGAACCGAGGGACCGAUUGAAGGGUUUGUGGAGGCACCAAGGAUGGAGAUGUCCCAGGCACCCAGCAGCAUCAUAAGCCUGCAGCAUUUUGAUGGCAGAGCACAGGACUCCCGUACAGGCAGAGACUACCUAUUCAACACGCGCACAGGAACCCGGCGCUGGCUCUAAGGCCAAGCAGCUGCCUCUCUCUGUGUGGAAUUUCUUUUUCACAUGAUCAGGGACUGUGUUUUCAAGUUGAUUCGAUAAUAAAAAAAAUACGAAC